GUUUUUUUUUUAAUUGCCUCUUCAAAAUCUUGGUGCAUCUUAUACUCAAAAAAAUACGGUAGUUCUAUCCAGAUCUACUUUUCUUAUCACUUAGCAGAAAAAGAUCCUGAUAUACAUAUGUAUGCCAAUGUAGUUCUUUUACAUUGGCUCAGUGAAUGGAUAAUUAUUCCUGCUGGCAUGUGAGAGUGAGUGGGUCUAACUCCAUCUUACCUCUCCAUGCAGGCAAGGGGAUUGGGUACACCUUCUCACUCCAAUGUUCCCUUGCAUUAGUUAUGUUUUUUUAACGGUUUCUUCCAGGGAGUUUGAAGAUGUAGAAAAUGCCGAAUUCCAGCUAGAUAUGUGGGAUUUUGAUGAGGUUGAACCUGUACGGCACAAACUGGAAGAACUGAGUGACCUUCGUGGCCUGAAAAGAAUUCUUAAAGACGCUAGGAAAAAUAAAGGACAGGAUGAUUUCCUGGGGAAUGUAGUCAUUCAUCUGCAGGUAAGGAAGGGAAUAGCAUGUUGCCAGAAUAAUGCUGGGACACACGGAUGGAUGGACACACGGAUGGACGGAUACACACACAAACCACCUUGAUCUUGAGCAGAUUAGUCUUUCUUUAGGUGUGGCCUAUCUUCUCCACUUAGACAGGAGCAUAAAUGCCAUUAAA